AUGGAUACUUCAGAUCGGGCACCUAUGGUGCGCAAUGCAUUACGUGAAACGGAUGUAAUUAGCGUUGCCGUGACGGAAGAAGAAAACAGCAAUGUUAUGACUGAACUCGAAGGCGCCUGUGCCGUGGGCUCAAAUCUGAGAUUAUCUUCACACCAACUAGCCCUAUCCGUGCUCACCCCGAAAUUGUUGUUUGUCUCAAUCUCCCAGUUUGUGCGGGCUUUUCUCCCCGACCAGUCACAGAAUUUUUACCUUAUCGGAUUCAUGGUCACCUUGCUACUGAUACCUCUCUGCUGGUCUGUGGAUAUGCGUAUACUCGCCCGGCUCUCUAUGGUCGCCAAUAUUGCCACUAUGAUUGGGACUAUACUGGUAUUGGCCUAUCUCCUCACGGCCGGCCUUCAGCCUUACAACACUUUCCCUGCUUAUACGAAUUUUCAAAAUCUGCUCAUCGGUUUCAGCAUCGUCAUAUUCGCUUUCGAAGGUAUAGGCAUGGUUUUACCCAUAGAAAACAAAAUGGCUCAUCCGAAGGGCUAUACCGAUCUCACUGGUGUGCUUAACGUGGGUAUGGUUGUCGUGAUUUGCGUGUGUGCCUCGGUCGGCUUCUUCGGCUUUCUAAAUGCAGGGGACAAUGCACAAGGCAGCAUCACUCUGACAAUCCCAGAACGACCGUUCUGGUUUGCUCCGAUCAAACCGCUCUUCAUCUUCGCAAUUUUGGUCUCCUAUCUAGUACAAUACUACAUCCCGGCAAUCAUUUUUGCUCGACUGAUGGAAAAGCUACGCUGUCAUCGUGAAGCUUCGGAGAACCGACGGUACAUCCACAUCAAGACGAUGCGGGUCUCUCUAGUUCUUUUCACAUCUGGAUAUGCUGGGGUGGGUAUUGUAUUGAGCGAACAAACUGAAGUGUAUCUGCUUGAUUGGAUGCCCGUUGACAGUCGCCUCUGUGCGGUUCGUUUGGCAACAUCGGUGAGAGAAUCUAGAGGAAGUGAGGUUCAUCGCACCUUGUUUAUUGUUUCUGCUUACGCCCCAACUGACUGUAGCUCUGAAUCUGCCAAGGACAGUUUCUAUGACGCUCUAGGUGCCCUUCUACAACAGGCUAAAAGCUCAGAUAUCGUUGUGGUUGCUGGUGAUAUGAACGCCCAGACGGUUCCUUUGCAGUACGAAUUUCCGGAGCAGCGGAAAUUGCUUGACAACGUGGUGCCCACCAUCAAACCAGCGCCGAAUCCAAAUAGACCACAUCGCCGUCAGUUAUCAGUGGCGAGAGUCGAUCACCGCCCGCCGCUCCUUCUGGAACACCAGCCACCACAACUUCACCCGGCGCAUCAUCCGACGCCAGAUGAAAAUGAGUGUCCGCGCAGACCAACAAGCUUGGUGAACCCGAAAGGCCGAGGAAAUGGAAGAUGCAAAGAAUGUUGGAAACGUGCGCAAGCUUUUGCACUUGAUUCGUUCAACUGGUCGGCGGAAACCUCUUGUCAGCGAAAUAAUCAGGGACCAAAAUGGCUCCCUGAUAUGCAACAAAGCAGAACGUUUGGACCGCUGGACACAGUACUUCGAGCAGAAAUUCAGCUGGCCAUCUGCCACCUCCAGUCCAGAAACCUGGCUAUCAACAGAGAG